AUGACAGAAACAGCGAAACAGACACGCUAUUCGUUGUGUGUAUCUACUGAUUGCAUUUCGAAAGUUAACUGUAAAAAUCUUCAACAAAUUACAUAUACAGCGUAUCAAAUAGCUAAAGCUGCAUGUACUUACAGUGUUAGCGAGGUGAUAGUAUUGGAAGUUGCACAAGAAAAAGAAGAAAGUGCAAGUAUAUCCACCAACUCACCUAUAAGAGCAGAUUCCCUUCUAUUGGCCAGUUUUCUUCAAUACUUUGUGACACCACCAUAUUUAGUGAAAUCGGUGUUUGAAAGUAAUAAACAGAUCGAUAAAAAGGAUUUUGAGGUGGCCAAAAGGCUUCCAAAGAUACCUAUGUUACCGUUUAUGAAAACGGAUCAGACAAAUUAUAGAGAAGGUAUGUCAAUCCUUAAGCAUAGAAGUACCAGAAAGAAGACUAAGAGUGGAAAAGUCAAGAAGAUGAAAAAGCAGGAUAAAAUGACCAAAUACGUCAAUAUUGGCGGUGUCAAGAUGGUGGAAUUGAAUAAGGAGAUACCCAUCAAUGUUCGUGUGACUGUGGAUCUUAAAAAAAGUGAGAUUAUUUCUCCACUGGAAGCAUACGGUAGAAUGGGUACUAACAAUUGUUAUGGAUAUCAAGUGAGAGUGGCCAAAAAUAUUCAGAGCGUGUUCACAGAAUCGGGAUUUCCGGAUGGUUACGAUAAAGCCUUGUUUGCCAACAGUGGAGAGUAUUUUCCUAAGAAGAAGGAAGCAUACAGAAGCAGUGUGGACCAAUGGAAAGGUAACGAGACAGAAGAGGGUAAUUAUCUCUUAGUGGUGACACGUUGGAAAGAUUUAGUGGAUUCCACUAGGGGCACAGAAAUAAAUCCCGUUCAGAUGUUUGAUGGAUGGAUGGAAAUUCCAGUUAGUCGUGCAGAAGAUGGAUGUAUGAUAGCAUUGUGUAAGGCCUUUAAAGGUAAUCCCUAG